UGGGCCUUGGAGAGACCUCUUCCCCGAGGCUCAAUCCACCUAUGGAUAUUGCUAGGUCAAGGCUUCUGACUCCCUCAAUGAGAGAUCAACAAUUGGUGGAUAUUAUGAAAUCUCAAGGCGUGCAAUCUCGUGUCAUCGGUGGUGAAGUGACAACCAUUGAGAAGUUGGGCGGAUAUCUUGUAGCUCUGCGCUAUAAACAAGAUUUCAUCUGUGGUGGAACUUUGAUCGAGGCACGAUUUGUUGUCUCAGCGGCACAUUGUUUUCUGGGUCGUCCAAAUAAAUCGGCCUGGACAGUUGAAGGUGGCAUCUCGAGACUGACAGAUUCGGGUGUUCUAGUGAAACUAAAGGACUAUAUGGUGCCCGCUGUCUUUUCGGAUUCGGAUAUGCAUAUGGAUGUCGCUGUUAUACUUUUGGAAACUCCUUUGAUGGGCAGGAAUAUUGACACAGUUUCACUCUGCUCCAGAAGUCUCACAGAGGGAUUGCAUCUCACUGUAUCCGGCUGGGGUCUAAUCGAUCCAAAGUCAACCGGUCCAACUCAGAGCAUUCGCACCGUAACUGUUCCCGUUGUUAAUAUGAGCCAAUGCCGUCAGACCUAUAAAAAAGCAAUGACAUUAUCUAACAGUAUGUUCUGUGCUGGAGUCCUGGGCACCAAGGAUGCUUGCACCUUCGAUUCGGGAGGUCCCUUAAUCUAUGAUGAUAUUAAUACAGGACACAAAGAACUCUGUGGCAUUGUCUCCUUUGGCAUCGGUUGUGCCAGUCCCAAAUAUGCAGGUGUCUACACGAACGUCAACUAUGUAAAGCCCUUUAUUCAGAUGUCUAUUGAUGUUUUCAGAAAAUCCCUUAUGUAGUAUCUAAAAAUAGUAAAGAAUAUAGCAGAUUGAAUGUUUUAUUAUAAAAA